AUGGCCCAGGCCGAGCCGCCUCUGGGCCGAGAACGAUGCCCCAUGGCGCCUGCGCACACAACACUCGAGGACUGGUCUGGAUGUCAAAUUCCUGCCAACGACGACUAUCCACCUCUCGGAACGGAUCGAGGUCUGCUAUUGUGCGCCGGCAGCUUUGGCUGCUAUCAGGAGACACUCCGCGAGGGUGGUAAACGACUUGACUGGUGUCUGUUACAGUUCAAGCAUUCCGACAGGUUGUCGACAAUAGUCGUCAUCCUGGACGACUGUGCGGUAUGGGUUGCGCUGUCCCUCAGAUGGUCGAGCAUGAGCCAAGAUCACGAAGCAAAGCACUGCAAGAGUACGGAGCGAUGA